CUGCCGCUACUCUCGCGAUAUUUCCUCAGUGGUCGUGGAGCAGUAUGGCAGCCGUCGCGCUGAGGUCCUGCCGCAGAGGACUUUCACAUAUUUUAAGUAAUGGAGGCUUCGCAGCUUUGUCGACAAAGCGCCUGGAAGGGGACAGGAGACACAAAUCUACAGUUCAAUAUGCUUCACGACCAGAACUUCCAAAGCUGGCAUACAGAAGAGUGAAGGGGAAAAGUCCAGGUGUGGUUUUCCUCCCAGGUUAUGGCUCCAACAUGAAUGGGCAGAAAGCUGAGGCACUGGAAGAGUUCUGUAGGUCACUAGGACACUCAUAUCUCCGAUUUGACUACACAGGACAUGGGGCCUCAGAGGGCGUGCUAGCAGAAGGAACUAUUGGUACCUGGAAAAAAGACGUCCUUUUUGUGUUGGAUGAGUUAGCAGAGGGGCCACAGAUACUCGUGGGCUCCAGUAUAGGUGGGUGGCUCAUGCUGCUAGCAGCCAUCGCAAGACCAGAGAAGACCGCUGCACUGGUGGGCAUCUCCACUGCCGCUGAUCACCUUGUGACAGCAUUCAACUCUCUUCCACUGGAGACACGUAAAGAGUUGGAGGAGAAGGGGGAGUGGACAGUGCCCACUAAACACUCGGAGGAGGGUUUUUACAAGUUCAGCAUGGAUUUCCUUCGUGAGGCAGAAAAUCACUGUGUGCUCCAGAGUCCCAUCCCGGUCACCUGCCCUGUACGGCUCAUUCACGGCCUCAAAGAUGAGGACGUCCCCUGGCACAUCUCUAUGCAGGUUGCGGAGCGCGUCCUCAGCCCCGAUGUGGAUGUCAUCCUCCGGCGACAUGGCCAGCACCGCAUGUCGGAGAAGGACGACAUCAAGCUGAUGGUCUACACUAUUGACGAUCUCAUAGACAAGCUGACCACUUUGGUCUGAGUGAGGGAUGGUGGAGUGAGCCUGAGAGGGUCCUGAGAUUAAAAAAAAAGAAAAAGAGAAUGACUGUGUUAACUGGGAAGUCAGCCCUCAAGGAAAUUACCAAACACCGGCAUGUUUCUCUGCCAAAUAUGACCUUUUAUCCAUCUCUUGUUUUCCCCCAUUCUUCACCUGUUAUCAUCAUCUCGUCGACAUGCCGUUACAGUGAAAACUAUGUUGAAAGGGAGCUCUCCUGCUAGCUGUUCCCUGAUAUCUUCAGGUUGCAUUUUUAUGUGUUCCAGGUUAUUGUAUAGUGUUAAGUUGAUCAGCCGUUAUUAGGUCUGCCAGUGCUGCUGUCUCUGCCGUCAUUCUUACUGUUUGGCUGUUUUUCCCCUCCACUUCUAAGUAGACACACAGCUUUCCUGUGCCUUUUUAAUCACUUUUCACCUGUUUUGGCCAAUAAAAGCUCUGCACACUACA